CUAGGAGGUCAUAAACGCCAUCUGCAGUUCCAAUAUUACAGUACCGGGUAUAUGCCGUAUCGUAACAAGUUCGACUGAUUCCCAGGAAAAUAUUCGAAGAUGCUGUAUUUAGAAGAUUACCUUGAGAUGAUUGAGCAGUUACCUAUAGAAUUGAAGGAGAGAUUCACAGAAAUGAGAGAAAUGGAUCUUCAAAUUGAAAAUUCUGUGGAUACAAUAGAAGAAAAAGUAAAGAAAUUUUUUGAGGCUGCUAAAAAAUUAAAAACUGAAUCAAAACAGCAACAGUAUGAGUCAUUGCGAAAGGAUUAUUAUAAACUUUUAGACAGUGCAGAUGAAAAAGUGCAAAUAGCAAACCAAGUUUAUGAUACAGUGGAAAGAUAUUUGCGAAAACUUGAUCAAGAAGUAAGUAGGUUCAAGAUGGAACUUGAAGCAGAUCAUGCAGGUAUUACAGAGAUUCUUGAGAGAAGAUCUUUAGAAUUAGAUAGUUCACAACAAAUGAAGUCGGGUUCAGCCAAAUCUGAUAAGAGAAAGGUGUCCCAUGAUAACCAUGUAGACAAACGGGUAAAUGCAGACAAGAUCCUAUCCACCUUGGCAACCAAUGCAGUGCAGGACAUUACACCAUCAAGAAGUAGUAAUGUUAGUAGUAAUAGCAAUACAUUGGUGAAUUCAAGAGAAGGCAACUCUCAACCAUCCUUACCAUACAGCUUGGAUAAUGUGGGUUCAUCAAGCGCAAUAGCAAUGGCUGCAGCACAAGCUGUAUCAAAUACAUUACAUAUGCAGCCAGGAAGGAGAACAGCAAGUUUGAAAGCAAGCUAUGAAGCUAUCAAGUCUGGUGGUUACUCAUUAGGUAGAGACUUCACUUAUGGAAACACUUCAACAGCAGAGGGAGCACCAUCCUCAUCUUCUAGCACUAAAUCUAGUCGACAUAGAAUCAAGAAGAGGAAGAAGGGAAGCAGCAAUUUAGAUUCACACAAGAGUUCAUCGAGCUCAAGCAGUCAACAACAUCAGCAACAGACACAGCAGCAGCAAGGAGUAGAACUAACUCCACUUUCAGAACCUUUAGCAGAACAACCAGCUGAAGAUACCACACAGACAUAUGAUUGGACUUUUGAUCCUAAUGAACCUAGAUACUGCUUGUGUAACCAGGUCUCUUAUGGUGAAAUGGUGGGAUGUGACAACCCCAAGUGUCCGAUUGAAUGGUUCCAUUAUGGUUGUGUAGGGAUCACCAACCCACCUAAGGGCAAGUGGUUCUGUCCACAAUGUGCCUCAGCCAUGAAACGUAGAGAAAAAAAGGAUCCACCACCAUCGUCAUCAUCGUCUCACAAGCAGAAAUGACUAUCAAAGAAGAUGAAGAAGGACAAAAAGAAAUCACGAUGAUUAUUAAUGAUAUAUUUUAUACUAUGAUAGUGCUCACUAAAAGGAGUCUAGUAAGAGUAUUCAUAUGCAUGUGUUAUAUCAUCAUAUCUAUCAUGGCUUGAAUACCUGCAGUUG